AUGACAGUGACAACGACUUGCCAGCCAGCGAGCGAGGAAGAAGAAUUUUUGAGCUGCCUUCGCUGCAGGAAGCGCUCUAUUCUGGUGUAUGCUGUUCUACCUGCCACGCAGGCAAUAUCGAGCUGGAAGACGAUUCGUCCUAGAGACAAGGGGAUUGAAUGUCCCGGUGGAGACACUGAGAAGACGGGUUAUGGGAGUGGUGGAGAUGGACGCAAGGCCUGGACCGCCAACUGUGUCCUUUCAAAGGAGGAGGAGGAUCUUCUAGCCAAGUACAUGGUAGAAAUGGCGGAUAUGGGGUACGGUCUAUCACGUGAGGAUGUUAUGGGACAGGGAAGAAACACCCUUUCAAGGAUGAGUGUGCUGGGCGGGGGUGGUAUGAAGGUGUCAAAAGUCGUCAUCCUUACCUUACUCUCCGUAGUCCCCAACCACUCUCAUACUGCCAGGCCUUAUGUUCCAACAAAACUGUCGUUGAUGACCUAUGCAGGUCAAGUAUGGCCUCGUUCGUUCAACCCACUGAAUGUGAUGAGUGGGUUUAGAAAUUGCGUGAUACAGCCCUUCAAUCCUGGGGAGGUUAGCGACAGAGCACUUACAGUUUCAAGGGGUGUCAAGACUCCAUGUCCUGAAGAAGUGGAGGAGGACCAUCCUCCUUUUCCCCCGGAGAAGAUUGAACUCUUCGAAAAAAGGCACGAGGAGGCGCGGGCUAUGAUGUGGAUGACCCAGAAUACAAGGUUUGAAGCUCUAUCAUACGGAAUCAGUAACUUCCUCUGAGAAGCUCUCCGUCCAGCAGCGAAACCUCACCUGUUCUCAGCGAAAUCCUUACCCUGCCUAAGCCUCCUGCAAGAAGGAAGAAAGGGGCUAGCAAAGGAGCUGUUUGCAUAACAGAAGAUGAGGUACUGCAGGGCUUAAAGAAGAAACAAGCCGAAAAGGCCCGGCAAAGGAGAGUGGAACGUGAACAACAAAGGGAGAAAAAUAAAAACCUUCGAAGUGCAAGAAAGGGAAAGAAGAACAGGUCCCUUCCUGAGGCAUUUGCUGCGAUGGAUAUCUCACUUGAAACUUGUCCACUCUGUCAUAGGGGGCAAGACGAGUCAGAAGAGGGGUCACGAUGGAUCUGUUGUGACCAGUGUGAAAGAUGGUUCCAUUUUGAUUGUUUAAAUAUUAUUGCAGAUGAUGUUCCUGAUGUGUUUGUGUGUUCUGAGUGUGUCGAAUGCUAAGAGGAUUUUUAUAAUUAUCCUGCUUUUUUAAAUUCUCUGCCAAUGUGUUAUUAAGUACAUGCUUUCGUUCAACGCGUUUGUGGAAG